GAAAGGUGUUGUGGAGGAAGUGGGUUCCUGCGUCCCACGCAGAGGAGGGUUUUCCGGUUAAAGUUUCCUUUGUGAUUCGGAAGUGGCGGUGCGAUGCCAAAGCCGUUUAUCCUUACAGACACAACACACAAGUGGCGACCAUGAUAAAACCGUGCGAAGCUCUGUCCUUCUGAAAUGGGAAAACGCCCCUUCAGGAUUCUGUAACACAGGGGUUUUCCUGUGUCUGAUGGUGAAGAAAGCAUUGCUGUCAGCAGGUCUCUCCGUCACCCUGGCAACACAACAACCACAGAUAGGGGAGGAGCCAAGUCCUGGCAGUAUGGAGGUGACCGGGACGCCAGGCUCAGCCCCGAGCCCUCAGAGCGAGGCAGUGACCAAUGAGCUUCAGGAGCUGUCCCUUCAGCCUGCUCCCAACCUGCUGCCUCUACAGGAGCGCAAGAAUGUCCUCCAGCUCAAACUCCAGCAGAGACGAACACGAGAGGAACUGGUCAGCCAAGGGAUCAUGCCACCACUGAAAAGCCCGGCAGCCUUUCACGAACAGCGGAGGAGUCUGGAGCGAGCAAGGACCGAGGACUAUCUGAAGAGGAAGAUCCGGAGUCGCCCCGAGCGCUCCGAGCUGGUCAGGAUGCACAUUCUGGAGGAGACGUCGGCAGAGCCGUCCCUGCAGGCCAAGCAGCUGCAGCUGAAGCGAGCGCGACUGGCCGACGACCUCAACGAUAAGAUCUCCCACAGACCGGGUCCCAUCGAACUGGUUCACAAGAACAUCCUGUCUGUCAGCUGCCCCCUGCAGCACUCACUGCUGGAUUCUCCAAAGGGAGCCGGGGGAGAGAGUUCGUCUUUAGAUGAAGACAGCAGUGACGCUCUGUCACCGGACCAGCUGACCAAUCACGACUCUCCCCUGAGUGCCGUCCCUCAGCUGUCCCCCUCUGAUGCACUCACCCAGAAUGGGGACAUGUCUCCCACACAGUUCCUUACUCAGCCCCCUCCUCCACCUCCUCCACCACCUCCUCCUCAGGUGAACGGGUCAGACUCCUCCCCACCCCCAAAAUUGACAAAUGGAACGACGAUGGUGACCUCAGCAAGCCCCCGCUCCUCCACCGGACAGGUCAAGCAGUCUCAGGCUAAGACGAGUUCGGAUCGUCCUCCACAGAGAUCUAAAAAACCAAAGGACAACAAACCCAAGGUGAAGAAGCUGAAGUACCACCAGUACAUCCCCCCGGACCAGAAGGCAGACAAGGAGCGUCCGCCUCAGAUGGACUCGUCCUACGCGAAGCUCCUCCAGCAGCAGCAGCUCUUCCUGCAGCUGCAGAUCCUCAGCCAGCAACAGCAGCACUACAACUACCACACCAUCCUGCCCGCCCCUCCCAAGCCUCCAACCGAGCAGCCGCCCACAACCAACUCUGGCCCUUCCCCCUCCCGCAGCGUUCCCACGACAACCACCACGGGCCCUUCCAAUCAGAGUGGGACUGCCCGUCAGAGCCAAACUGCAGUGGGAGGAGCCAAACCCAUCACUCUGCCAGCCAACCUGGAUGAGUUCAAAGUCGCUGAGCUGAAACAGGAACUGAAAUUGCGUGGUUUGACCGUCUCAGGCACCAAAAACGAUCUAAUUGAGAGGCUGCGAAACUAUCAGGAGCAAAAUGGCGGCACCACAGCGGUUUUGAAAAAUGGCAUGUUACAGCCCAGCCCACAGGGCGCUAACUCAGCCUCCAGCACCGUCACAUCCUCUCCAACCACAACCACCGGCCCUGAUCACCAGUCAGCAGAGGGUGGGUUUAAGUUAGCUUUGUCCUCAUUAGCUCAUGCGGUUCCUGGGAGAGUCAUGCGUUUUGGCAGCACCAGCUCCAGCCCUCCUGUGUCGCCCACUCCGUCUGAGAGGUCAUUGGCCGGGAUGAGUCCAGAUGAGACGAGCUGUAAUGGAGACAUGUUUGGAGAGAUGGUGAGCUCUCCCUUGACCCAACUCACCCUGCACCCAUCUCCUCAGCACCCAUCAAACAUCUCUCCGCUCUCACAGCCUCUCCCCAAAGUCAAAGAGGAGAUCCAGAGCCCAUGCAGCCUGUCCAGGUCUUCAUCUGCCUCAGGCCAGUCUCCAGAGCUGCCAGGGGUAGCCAUGGACGCGUCCUCCAUGGACAAAGACCAGAUGCUCCAGGAGAAGGACAAACAGAUCGAGGAGUUGACCAGGAUGCUGAGGCAGAAGCAGAGGCUUGUGGAGACCCUGAGGUCCCAGCUGGAGCAGGGCAAGAUGGCAGGCGGAGUCGUGCUGGAGAAGGAAGGAAGCGAGAAGGGCAAACAGUCCUCAGAGGUUAAAUUUCAAACUCUAAUAAAAGCCUCGGCCAUUCAGCCCCCGACUCUCCCUAACGGCAUUGUGGUGAAGGUGAAGAAGGAGGUGGAGCCCGAGGAAGAAAUGGAGGGAGUAACGGAGGAGGCGCAGGCGAAGAAGCUGGCCCCGCCGAUGCAGUGCUCUCAGGAGACUCUGCUCAGGCUGCAGCAGAUUCAGCGGCUGCAGGUCCAACAAGCUGAACAGCAGAAACGGCAGCUACAACAACCCAAACAGCAGCAGAGCCAGGUGCAGCUGCAGAAAGUCUCUGAGGCGAAAUCAACCCCUCAAAAACAACAGCAGCAAAAGAAGGAAGCUCAAAUCCUGCUCCAUCAGCAGCAGCAGCUCCAGCAGCUCAUCAUACAGCAAACCCAACAGAAGCAGCUCCAGGCCCAGCAGAAGUUAGCGCAGCAGAAACUCACGCAACAGAAGCUGGUGCAGCAGAACCAGCUCAAACAAACCCAGGGGCAAGUUCAACAGAGCCAGCAGAAGAACCAGGUUCAGCUGAAGCAGGUUCAGGUGCAGAUCCAGAACCAGACGGUGGCGAGCCAGAAGCCCGCGGCGAACCAAACCCAGCAGAGGAAACAGCUGAAGGCUCAUCAGAGGCAGAAACAACAGACGGCAGCCGUCGCCACACAGCAGGUGACUCCGGUCUUCAUCAACCAGCAGAACGGCACUCAGAUCCACACUCAGGCCAUCUCAUUAGACCUCCUCAAGGCUAACGGCACGCCCACGCUGGUCACCGACAGCAACGGCAACCACUACCUGAUCGCUCUCACCAGCCACACCGCAGACGGACAGAAUGGCGUGUCCUCGUUGGCCAAAACCAACGGACGCAUCACGCUGCAGAGAUUGCAGUCGACUCCGAGUAAACUCCCCAGCACUGAGAGCCAAUCAAAAGAGCAGACAGAGGCCGAGCCUGCGAGCCAGCCAAUCAAAAAGGGACAGAAGGCGGGGCUGCACCUGGACACCAACGGCGUUCCACAACCCAACCUGUCCGUCACCGCUCCGCCCAGCCUGCAGCCGUUCUUCGACGACAUGUCGGACAGCGAAAGCCAAAGCAACUUAAUCUCAUCUCUGAAGGAGAAUGGCGUCAAUAGUCAGCAGAUGGACGACCUGUUUGACAUCCUGCUCAAGAGCGGAGGUAAAUAAACUGCUGUAAACACUGAGAGAGACGUCAUGAGUCUGUCGUCUGCAGCGCUGAUGAGAUUUUUCUCUCUUUGUCCUCCUCCAGAAAUCCCCGGCUUCAAGGCCAACCCAGACCCAUCCCUCGCCCCUCUGCACUCUGACCCGCCCUCCCCAUCUUCUCCCCCGUCUCCCCUCCACCUCUCCCCACCCACCCCCACAGAGUCCCUCAUCUCCCCGCAGCCCUCUGUGGGAGAGCCCUGCACAGGCAGCGGACGCCUGGAGGACUUCCUGGAGAGCACCACGGGUGCCCCCCUGCUGGGCGUGGAGCCCGACGGCGGCCUGACGCUGAUCGACGACCUGCACAGCCAAAUGCUGAGCACGCCCAGCAUCCUGGACCACCCUCCCUCCCCCAUGGACACGUCCGACCUGGGCUUCUCCCCCCAUUCUACAGCGUUGGACUUUGGCGACCCCACCUUGGACAGCAUGGACUGGCUGGAUAUUUCCAUGGUGGGGAGCGCCAGCGGAGGAAGUGGGGGCAGUGGCGCAGGAGGGAGAGGAGGAGGAGGUGGAGGUGGGGGCGCCGGCGAAGGAGUUGGGGGCACAAGUCUGGCCCCGCUGGCGCCACACACUCCGCCGAGCGUCUUCUCGGCCGAUUUUCUGGACAGCACGGACCUGCAGCUGCACUGGGAGUCAUGCCUGUAGCUCCGAACACAGAUGGACAUGCACUCGCUCACACUGUGUACAGGCUCUGUCUUUACUUCAUGCACAUACUGAAACUUUCUCUAUGCUGUCUUUACCACUGCAGGGGUCACUGGCACAUGCAAAUACACGCACACAUAACAUUUACAGAGUUUGCCCUGUCUUUUCACUGGCUGUUACUGAAUGCAGGAUGAGGUGAUGUAAGAAAGAAACAUAGAAAUUGAAUUCAUAGGCAGGACUUGAACUUGGUGGGACUGAAGUGGACUUUUUGAAUUUUAAUUCUAUGGGGAUUCAUACAGCAGACUGUAAAGUCCUGUCUCCUGCGUCCUUAAAACCAGGUUAAAGUGAACCAGCAGAAAACUGUAGGUCACUGUAAUAACAUAACUCCAACCCCUUGGAAAAUGGUUCGACAGACGGGGACUCAGGAGGGACUGUCAGUGACAUUUACUCGGGCUCCUCGAGAUAGCAGAGUGUGUGUGUCAGUGCCUCCUAAACUUUGCACUUAUGCUGAAUCUGAUUGGUUUAAAGUGGGGACGGGGGUUGUGUCUGGGUGAAAUGGCCGAAUCUUAGUGCAUGUGUGAGGCUGAGCGGACGCCACCGUGUGUUACAUUGGUCACGGACCAUGUGAAAAGAAAGGCAGCAGUUGGUGGCGUCGUCACCUCACCGCAGCAACCUGAACCCCCGUCCACACAAGUCAAACAAAAAAAAAAAACAACCGUCAUUGGUUGACAGUUGCUAUUGAAAUGAACCAUAUCAGUGGCAACAGUUUGAAUAGAAGCCUCAUUGGAGGUUGAGUAUUAUUGGUAACAUUAUGGUAGACCACUAUGUAUUGCUGUAUAUGGGGUGUAUAUUAUCAAUUGUCAAUGACUAUUUUUCUUUGCUGGUUGCUUUAGAGUCAAGCUGGCCGGCUGGGGAACAUAGGGUGAGGGCGGGGCUUCCAAAAUACUUGGACCUUGUCAUUUUUUAAAGAAAAAAAGUUAAAAAAAUAAACAUACUAUAAAAACUCUAA